AUGACGACGACGACGAAGACGGCGACGGUGACCGAAUGAAUGAUGAUGAAUGGACGAUGCUGAUGGUGUCGCCGUACGUCGCGUGGAAAUCGGGGAUCGGUUUAAAUUCGUUCAUCUGAGUAAAGCACGCGUACACGUGAGUUAAAAUCGGGAUUGUGCCGGGAGUGUUCAAAAGAAAGCGCAUUUGUUGCAGGAAUGGCAUGGUACGGGCGCCACAAUUCGAAUCCAUCCAUGCGGUGUGCGUGUGUGUGCAAAGAAACAUCCAGCCAGUGUUUGUGAGUGUACGUUUGUGGUGGUAGCUCGUUUGAUGACGGCCGUUUAUUGCUGUUGCUCUUAUCAGCUGUGCAUAAAGGGAGGAUAACCGCGGAAAAAAGGUCCCAUCUUCCGUGUGGUGUCAUUUUUGCUCAAAGUGCAGGUGUGCGAACAAUGUCCUCGGGUGACAAUGAAUAUUACGAUGUGCUGGUGUUCGGAUCGUGCAUAGUGGAUUUCAUAAGCUAUGUGCCGCGGUUGCCCAAGGUCGGAGAAACCCUCCACGGCACCCGAUUCGCCACAGGCAACGGUGGCAAAGGUGCAAACCAAUGUGUGGCCGCCGCUCGGCUCGGUAGUCGAACCGCGAUGAUUGGCAAGCUGGGCGACGAUCCGUGGGGAACCGCCUAUCGCACCACCCUAGCCGCCGAAGGUGUCAACGUGGAGCAGGUGGAAGUGCUGCCGGGCGAAAGCACCGGUAUCGCACAGAUCAAUGUAGCCGCCAAUGGGGACAAUCAGAUCGUAAUUGUAACCGGCGCAAAUAAAUGUCUCGCUCCGGCGGACGUUCUGGCCCGUCCGGAUCUGUUCGAGCGGGCCCGCAUUCUGAUCUGCCAGCUGGAAACACCGAUCGAAGGAACGAUCGCAGCGCUGCAAGCAUUCCGGGGCGUCUCGAUCGUAAAUGCGGCACCAGCCGAAACCAAUCUGCCGCACGCGUUGCUUUCGCUGGCGACCAUCUUCUGCGUGAACGAAACGGAAGCAGCACUGCUGACGGACAUGCCAAGCGUUGCCGAUGUUCAACAGGCAAAAGUGGCCGUGCACAAGCUGCGGGACAUGGGAUGCAAAACGGUCAUCAUCACGCUCGGUGAGAAGGGAGCCGUGUUUGCCGAACCGCACAACCCCACCGUAUACCACGUGCAGCCAUUAAAGGUGAAGAGCGUUGUGGACACUACGGGUGCCGGUGAUGCAUUUAUCGGUGCGUUGGCACAUUUCGUAGCCAAGCAUCCGGAUGCCGCGCUGGGCAAUUGCAUUGCGGCGGCUAAUCGUGUCGCGGCCUGGUCCGUGCAGAAGCCCGGCACACAGGCCAGCUUUCCCCGGCAGGGCGAUGUUGAGCUGCCGGCCGAUUUGGCCACCCUACACGACCAGUGGGAGCGUGUUUGAUCGAUCGAUUCGGUUUACUGGUUUUAUUCUGAUUUAUUUGAAUUCAUUAUAGUCGGCUAACAAAAUUGAAAUAAAAAGGUUCAAACGGUAUCGUUGCUACCAUAUUUUUGCUAACGAA